UUCCUUGAUAGUUUUUGGGAUGCAUUGGUCAUUGAUUCAAUCUUCACUUGAGCUUCAGUUCUUUGUUUUUUGAGCUUUGCUUCUCCCUCUUCUCUCUCUAUCAAAUCUAGUAGGUUUUUUUUUUUUUCUUCGUCUAAACUUGUGUUUUGUUGUUCUAUAGAUUUCUAGUUUGGUAGAUUUGCUUGGGGUCUUCGUUCUUCCUCCGAGUGGUCAAAUUUGAGCUCAGUUUUUCAUUUUUUGGGUACUUUGUUCUUCUAGAGCUUGUAUUUUUCUUUUUUUUUGAAUGUUUGUUCGUUGUGUUUGUUGCUGAGGGUUGAAAUUUUAGAUUUUUUUCCCCCCUGUUGUAGUUUCAGUCUGUGUCUUGGGUUGCCAUUUUUGUUUAUUUUUGGUUUGAGCAUUGUAAGAUUACUGGGUUCUUCUCAUCUUCUUUGAAGAUUGAGUUUUGAGGCAUUUCCCACUGCACCAUAGCUUGCUUUCUUUUUUCUAAAAUUUUGUAUACUUCCAUUUCCCAUUAAAGAUGACUGUGGGAGCUGGAAUCUCUAUAAAUGAUGGUAAUUUGAUGGUAUUGGGGACCUGUGUUUUGUCAAAUGUUCAUGGCAAUAUCACAGUAACACCUGCAACUGGUUCGGGUUUAACAAAUGGGGCAUUUAUAGGAGCGACAUCAGAUCAGACUGGGAGCCGGCAUGUUUUUCCCAUUGGAACACUCGAGGGUCUGAGAUUUAUGUGUACUUUCCGGUUUAAGCUAUGGUGGAUGACACAAAGGAUGGGUUCUUGUGGCAAAGACAUUCCCUUUGAAACCCAAUUUCUGAUUGUUGAGGGGAGGGACGGAUCCCAUUUUGAUGAAUUGAAUGAAUCUGUUAUUUAUACGGUAUUCUUACCAGUUCUAGAAGGAUCAUUCAGAGCGGUUCUUCAAGGAAAUGACAACAAUGAAUUGGAGAUCUGUCUUGAAAGUGGAGAUCCGGAUGUCAAGACGUACGAUGGAACCCAUUUGGUUUUUGUCGCUGCUGGAACAGACCCAUUUGAUGUCAUCAGAAGUGCAGUGAAAUCUGUUGAGAGUCAUUCCCAAACAUUUGCUCACCGUGAAAGAAAGAAGAUGCCGGAUAUGCUUAAUUGGUUUGGGUGGUGCACGUGGGAUGCUUUUUAUACUGAUGUUACGGCUGAUGGAGUCAAACAAGGUUUGGAAAGUUUAGAGAAAGGUGGAAUACCCCCCAAGUUUGUAAUAAUAGAUGAUGGUUGGCAAUCUGUUGGCAUGGAUCCCAUCGGUGUUGCCUCUGAGGCUCAAGAUGCAGCAAACUUUGCAAACAGGCUCACACAUAUUAAGGAGAAUCACAAGUUUCAGAAGAAUGGAAAAGAGGGUCACAGAGAGGAGGAUCCAGCGUUGGGUCUUUUUCACAUAGUCAGUGAAAUCAAAGGCAAACACGAUGUAAAAUAUGUCUACGUCUGGCAUGCAUUGACUGGGUAUUGGGGUGGGGUAAGGCCUGGUGCUAAAGGAAUGGAACACUAUGAAUCAAAGAUGGCAUAUCCCGUCACUUCUCCUGGGAUUCUAUCGAAUGAAGCUUGUGACGCCUUAAAUAGCAUUGCACUUAAUGGCCUUGGCCUUGUAAACCCGGAGAAAGUUUUCAGCUUCUAUGAUGAACUCCACUCUUAUCUCGCAUCAGCUGGAAUUGAUGGGGUCAAAGUUGAUGUCCAAAACAUUCUAGAGACCUUAGGAGCUGGCCAUGGUGGGCGUGUGACCCUCGCUAGAAAAUACCAUCAAGCAUUGGAAGCUUCAAUCUCGAGAAAUUUCCCCGAUAAUGGAAUAAUUGCUUGCAUGAGUCACAAUACGGAUGGUUUGUACAGCUCAAAGAGAACUGCAGUAAUAAGAGCAUCCGAUGAUUUUUGGCCUAAAGAUCCAGCCACUCACACAAUCCACAUUGCUUCUGUGGCAUAUAAUACUGUUUUUCUCGGAGAAUUUAUGCAGCCUGACUGGGAUAUGUUCCAUAGCCUUCAUCCAAUGGCUGAAUAUCAUGGAGCAGCACGUGCAGUUGGUGGAUGUGCCAUUUAUGUCAGUGACAAACCAGGAAACCAUGAUUUUGAUCUGUUGAAGAAGCUUGUACUUCCAGAUGGCUCGAUAUUGAGGGCCAAACUUCCGGGGAGACCCACCAAGGAUUGCUUGUUUUCUGAUCCUGCAAGAGAUGGGAAAAGCUUGUUGAAAAUAUGGAACCUCAAUGAUCACACUGGAGUCCUGGGAGUCUUUAAUUGUCAAGGAGCUGGAUGGUGUAGGAUUGGCAAGAAGAAUACGAUUCAUGAUAAACAACCAGGGACAAUCACGGGAAGUAUUAGAGCAAAGGAUGUUGACUAUUUGCCAAAGAUAGCAGAAAAUGACUGGAGUGGAAAUGCUGUUCUAUACUCACAUUUAGGAGGAGAGCUAGUGUAUCUUCCCAAAAAUGCAUCUGUUCCCGUUACCUUGAAGUCCCGAGAGUAUGAAGUUUUCACAGUUGCUCCUGUUAAGGAUCUCUCCAAUGGCGCCUCUUUUGCACCAAUUGGCCUGAUCAAGAUGUUCAAUUCUGGUGGGGCUAUCAAGGAAUUGGCAUACGAGUCAUCCGAAAUCACGACUAUCAAUAUGAAAGUUCGUGGGUGCGGCCUUUUCGGAGCUUUUUCCUCUACAAGACCCAAGAGAAUCACAGUGGGCUCUUUGGAAUCAGAGUUCACAUAUGAGGAGAGUUCAGGUCUGCUCAGCCUUGAUUUGGGAGUUCCUGAGAAAGAGUCAUACAUGUGGGAGAUCACAGUAGAAGUAUAACUGGUUUUGGAGAUUGCUUUUUGAGAUAAUCUGCUUUGUGAUUUAGAUGAAUGAUAUUCGAGGAAACCAGGAACAAAGAAAAAGACGGAAGUUUUCGGUUUUCUCCACUUCCACUUUUAUAUUAGGAACCAAUGGAAGAAACUAGGAAGAAUUCUUCCUCAAAUGUUGUUAUGAGAGCUUACUUUUAUAUUUGGAACCAUCGGAAGAAACUAGGAAGAAUUCUUCCUCAAUUGUUAUUAUGAGAGCUUGUGAAAGAAAAUGCGUGAUGAGAGUAUUUCAAGCAUUUACUCAUGAAUUCUAUAAAGAUUGUAGGAUACAUUCCUAUC